AUGGCAUCCAUGGCGUCAGUAUCAUUCGAUGGCAACAACCAUGGACUUCAGAUUGGGGACAACUACGGCUCGAUUCACGCAGAGUUCCAUUCUCCUGAGCGACCAGAAACUCCGCCUAGCCCCUUAUCAACUGUCCCAUUCCCGCGUGAUCAAGACUUUGUCUGUCGCGACACACUGCUUGAUCAGAUCCACCACAAACGCUCGUUCCCUGGAUCGAGAAUAGCGCUGGUCGGCCUCGGCGGUGUCGGGAAAUCACAACUGGCUAUCGAAUACUCUUAUCGGGUCCGAUGCGAAUCGCCAGCAACAUGGGUUUUCUGGGUCCAUGCGAGUAACGAAGCCCGGUUCGAGCAGAGUUUUCGCGACAUCGCAGACCAGCUUAAGAUCCCAAAUCGUUUGGGUCCCAAAGUUAACAUAUUUAAAUUGGUCGGAAAUUGGCUACGGGAUGAGAAGAGAGGAGAAUGGAUCUGUAUCCUGGAUAAUGCCGACGACCAUGAGUACCUCUGUUUAUUUCCAGCAGCCGCCAAUGGAGCGAAACCACUUCUGGAAUAUAUCCCCAAAAGCCGAAAUGGAUCUCUCAUCAUCACAAGUCGGAGCAGAGAGGCUGCGCUAAAGAUGGUCGCACCUAAGAACUUGAUUGAAGUCAAAUCGAUGGAACAAUCUGAGGCGCUGGAGCUUCUCCGAAAAAAGCUUGAACAGUCAGAGGAAGACCAACACAGUCGACAAUUAGUUGAAGCGCUCGAGUUCAUGCCGCUUGCAAUUGUCCAGGCGGCUAGCUAUAUUAGAACUCGAGCACCUCGCUGUUCGGUAUCACAAUAUCUCAGAGACUUCCAAACAAGUGACCGCGAAGCGAUCAAGCUUCUGCAGAGAGAGACAGAUUGCCUGGAUAGGGAUUGGGAAGCAAAGAACUCAAUUCUAGUGACCUGGCAAAUAUCAUUCAAUCAUAUUCAACGCCAAAGAGCAUCUGCGACGGAUCUACUUUCCCUUAUGAGCUUUUUCGAUCGGCAAGAGAUACCAGAGAACCUCAUUCGAAGCCACCCAGAGGCCAGUUACACAUCUACUUCAGAGCUCCACAACGACUCCACUGACGAGGAGACAUCAUCUGAACCUAGUAUAUGUCUUGAUUUUGAAGACGAUGUUAUAACGUUGAGAAACUAUUCAUUCAUAUAUACCAGCGAGUGCGGCACUUCCUUCACAAUGCAUCGACUGGUGCAACUGACUACACGUGCAUGGCUAAAGGCUCAUAACAAACUAAAUCUAUGGAAGGAAAAAUUCAUCAGUGUUUUGUACCGCGAGUUCCCUACCGGUCAGUAUGAGAAUUGGGGAAAAUGUCGGGCACUAUUUCCCCACGUUCGUUCGGCAAUGUCCCAACGGCCAAAAUCAGAAGAGUUGCUACUACAAUGGGCUACACUGCUUUAUAAAGGUGCAUGGUUUGCAUCGGCAAUUGGUAACAUCGAAGAUGCGAGAAACAUGGCAUUCAAAUCGAGAAUGCAGAGAGUGAGAUUGCUAGGUGGCGAAGAUGAAGACACACUUGCAAGUACGGCGAUGUUAGCAACAGCACAUACACUUGAAGGCCGGUGGGAGGAAGCAGCUCAACUGGAGGUGGAGCUCAUGAAGACUCGCAUAACGAAGCUGGGCGUAGGCCAUGCCGCUACACUUAUCAGCAUGGCCGCCUUAGCGUCGACAUAUCGGCAACAGGGCCGAUGGCGGGAAGCGGAGCAGCUGGAGGUGCAAGUCCUGGAAAUUCACAAGCACAAGCUCGGCGUCGGCCAUGCUGAUACGCUAAAGAGCAUGGCUAACUUAGCAUCGACUUAUCUGGAGCAGGGCCGAUGGAGAGAAGCAGAGCAGCUUUUUGUGCAUGUGGUAGAGUAUUUCAAAUCAAAGCCCGGUGGAGAACUUCCUGACCUGCUCACGAGUAUGGCCAACCUGGCAUCGACGUAUAUGAGCCAAGGUCAAUGGGACAAGGCCGAAGAGCUCUUUCUGCAAGUCAUAGAGAUCUUUAAGACAAAGUUUGGCCGAGAGCAUCCUAACACGCUGAAGAGCAUGGGAAAUCUGGCGUCGACAUAUAUGAGCCAAGGGCGAUAUUUGGAAGCUGAGAAAAUCUCUUUGCAGAUCGUCAGCAGUCUCGAAAGGAAGUUUGGCGAAGAUCAUCCUGAUACCCUUACAAGCAAGAAUAACUUGGCGUGGAUUUAUACACACCAGGACCGGUGGGAAGAUGCCGGGAAGCUUUAUAUACAACUGAUAGAGGCUCGCAAAAGGAAUAUUGGCGAGAACCACCCCGACACUCUUACCAGCAUGAACAACCUGGCGUCGACAUAUAUGCGGCAGCACCGAUGGGAGAAGGCCGAAAACCUUCAUAUGCAGGUGGCAGAGGCUCGCAAGAAGAAUCUUGGCGAACACCAUCCUGCAACACUGGCAAGUUUGGCAAACCUAGCAUCAACGUAUAGGAACCGCGGCCGAUGGGAGGAGGCAGAAAAACUCAACAUAGGAGUGAUGGAGGCUCGCAAGAUAAUUCUUGGUAAUGAUCACCCAGACACAUUAACGAGCAUGACCAAUCUGGCAUCAACAUACUGGAGCCAAGGUCGAUGGGAAGAGGCCGAGAAGCUCUUCUUGCAGGUUAUGGAGACUCGCAAGACGAAGAUCGGCGAUGAUCAUCCUGACACACUGAAGAGUGUGCAUAAUGUGGCAUCGACAUACCUGAAGCAGGGCCGAUGGCAAGAGGCUGAGCAGCUCCUUGUUCAGACAAUGGAAACGCGCAAGACGAAGCUCGGCGUGGACCACCCUGAAACGCUCAUGUGCAUGGCCGACGUUGCUUUCACCUGGAAGACUUUAGGUCGCAAUUCUGAAGCCAUCGACUUAAUACGAGCUUGUGCUGCCCAACAGCACCGGACACUUGGCUCAAAUCAUCCUCACACUCUAUCAAGUUUUGGAAUGUUGCUGGAUUGGAAAACGGAGGGCUGA